GUCACCGCUAGUCCGCAGUAGUAGCAGCAGUUCGUAAGAUGUCAGUGGCUAUGUGGCCGCUCAAAUCAACAUCCAAGUGACAAUGUCACAAAAUACGGGGCCGAGGGGCUCUGCCAAAAAGCGUGGACACCAACACCACCCCAGAAACGAAGGGAGUCGCAGAAAGGCGCUGUUAGAGAAAGAUGUAGAAAGUUCAAUUACGCCCCUCAGUGAAUACAGUCAACAAACAGUGAUAACAAGCAGCCCCACUGUGAUCAAAAGUGCCUCAAUUUCGAAUGUAAUAAGUGAUAUUAAGUCAAGUAACGAAUGUGAUAAUGUAGUUAUAGACCUAACGAAUAGCGAAGACGAAUUAGAAAGUAGUAAAGUACCAAGUAAAGAAACAAGCCCAUUUUCCACGCCUGUCAAAGAUAGAACCAAAAGUAAUCAAAACAAACGUUUGCGCCAAGUACAUAAGUUACCUGAAGAUGAUUUUGGGGAUGAAGACAUGUCGACAAUCUACAGACCAGCUGCAGAAGGCUCGAGUCAGAGCGACGAGGAAAGGGACCCCGAAUUGGAAGAACUUUCCAAACUUCGUUGUACCUCCGAAUGUACGGAAGUUGUUGCUGAACGAGAGAAUAGGAGAAGAAGACGAUGUGCGGACUAUCCAGGACUGGCCUUCAGUUCCAUCUUCAGCUCGGACACCCUGAUGAAAUUCUCGAUAAUCCGAAAUGAAUUACACAAUAUCAUGAAGACACAAUUGAAGAGGGCGGAAUCGGAAGUAGCCGCUUUAAACCGUCGUAUUCAGUUGUUGGAAGAAGACCUUGAACGUUCUGAAGAACGUUUAGCUACAGCUACUGCCAAAUUGGCGGAGGCCUCCCAAGCUGCAGACGAAAGUGAAAGGAUAUGCAAAGCCCUGGAAAGCAGAAGUAACAUGGAAGACGACCGAGUGACCCUUCUAGAAGAACAACUUGCCCAAGCUAAACUGAUAGCGGAAGAAGCAGACAAAAAAUACGAAGAGGUUGCCCGUAAAUUGGUACUGAUGGAACAGGAUUUAGAAAGGGCAGAAGAACGCGCUGAACAGAGUGACAGGAAAAUCGUAGAGCUUGAGGAAGAACUUCGUGUUGUAGGCAAUAACCUUAAAUCCCUUGAAGUAUCUGAAGAAAAGGCUGCCAUUACAAGAGAGCAUAGUGAGGAUAUAAUUCAUUCCAUGUCUGAUAAGUUGCGUGAAGCUGAAGCUCGUGCUGAAUUCGCAGAACGUUCUGUUCAGAAACUCCAGAAGGAAGUUGACAGAUUAGAAGACGAACUAGUUAACGAAAAAGAAAAGAACAAACGGCUCUCAGACGAGAUGGAGGCAACCCUUUACGAUAUUCAAAAUAUGUAAUUUAAGGAUUCCUCUCCUUGAGCAACCAGUAUAUAAUGAAAAAACGCAACAUACAUUCCCAAAUCGAUGUUCAAAUUGGUGCUUCUAAAAAAAUUACGUAGUCUUAGAAAUUCCGAUUUCGCAUUAUCAAAUUCGUUUAGUUUUUGAAUAGUUUGAGGCUAGCCAUUCCGUUGAUCUCUCCUCUAUUGCAAUAUGAUCAACAACUGCCAUAUACAGACUUGAUAGCGUCUUUGAUGUCCGAUUAUUUAAUUUAAUGCAGAGAUUCCUUUGAUGUGGGAUCAUUGAUUGUCUAUAAUUUGUCUGAAUUAAGGUAGCUAAAAAUGGUUCGAAGGUUCUCACAGUUUCUUUAUAUGUACCAAAAUUUAAAGUUUGUUUUAUACUGAUUAAUAUUUAUUUUCCUUGAGUUUGGGAACUUUAUGUUCGGUGAAUUGAUAACUGGCGGUUAUUUUUGUAAAUAGUUUUAUUAUAAUUUAUACUUUCCUCAUCUGGAGAAUUGCAUUCGGCAUUAGGAGAACAAUAUUGAAUAUUUAUUUUCUAUUGUUUUUAUUGAUUUGGUUAUGAUAUGAAAAGUUUGUGACAUUUUGAUUUUUGAAAAGGAUUAAUUUCGAAUGUGUACAUUCCUUCAAUGUGAAAACACAAUUUAAUCACCGAUGUUGACUUAUAAGCUUAAAUAAAAAGCUUUUGCUUAAAUUCAAGAAGAAACUAUUCUUUCCGUCGUACUUUCUUAGUUUAUGUCUGUUAGGAGAAGAUAUUUUCAAGAUAAAGAUUCGCAUUUAUAUAUUUAGUUACUUGUUUUACUGAUAUUCAAGUUCUAUCGUGCGAAAAAAGUCCGAGUUAAUUUCAUUGAAUGACUCAUUUUGUACGAUUUAAGUCUCUUUCAGUUAUUUUGAGCAACUGAACUUUUCAUAUAAGGCAAAAUUAUAACAUCUUGCUUACAAAGUUUCAAAUGAUUCAAUAAGUUCGAGAUUCAAUUCGAGCAGGUUUCAAUCUUACAUAAUUAUUUUUAUAUAUUUCGUUUUGAAGCUUCAGCUUGAUAUGUUUAAAAAAAGUUGUUUGAAUUUCACAAAAAAGUAUUAUGAAGAAAUUUAUUUUAGGGCCUGUUUAUAUCUAAUUUACAUUGUAUUUUUUAUGCAAUUACACUAAUAACACAGAGAUUUUAAUUUA